CCGAGAAGUUUCCGAGCCGUUAUAAAAGAUGCGCCCCGGGGCAGGCGGCGGUUUGCUAGUCGCUGCCGCCAUGACUCUCCACGACCUCACGAGCUGCGCCGUGUGCACGCAACCCGCCACUCAGCAGUGCGACGCCUGUCAGCUGGUUGCAUACUGUCCAGGAGAACACGAAGAACAGCAUCGCGCCAAAUGCCCCGCAUAUAAAGUGCUCACUAAUGUCGCCGUAGGGAGGUUCGCCGUGGCGGCCAGGGACCUGGCGGCGGGAGAGUCCAUCUUCUCGGAGCUGCCGGUGGCGGUGGGCCCCAAGGCGGACUCAAGCCCGCUGUGCCUGGGCUGCCACGGGCUGGUCGACGGCUCGGCGAGUUGCUCGCGCUGCGGCUGGCCCGUGUGCGGGCCCGGCUGCGAGGACAGCCCCGUCCACGCGGCCGCCGAGUGCGAGGUGUUCCGCGCCGCGGGCGUCGCCUUCCAGCCGCCGCAGGACUGGACGGAGACGUGCUGCCAGAUGGAGUGCGUGACGCCGCUGCGACUGCUGCUCUCUCGGGAGAAGUGCCCGGGUCGCUGGACGCGCGAGGUGGACGCCAUGCAGUCCAACGACGAGCGACGCCGCGACCUGGACGCCUGGCGCGCCGAGCAGGUCAAUGUGGUGGGCUUCCUCCGCGACCGCUGCGGGCUGGCCGACAGGUUCGACGAGCAGUCGAUCCACAGGGCGUGCGGCCUGCUAGAAGUGAAUGCCUUCGAGAUCCGCAUGGUCGCUGGCACCACCAUCAGGGGCCUGUACCCGCAGACGGCCAUCUUGUCACACAACUGCGUGGCCAACACCAGUCACACCAUCACUCCUCAGUCGGACUACAGGCUGACGCUGCGGGCAACGGUGGCGGUGCCCAGGGACGCCGAGCUGUUCUCGUCGUACACGUACUCGCUGGACCCGACGAUGGUGCGGCGACAGCACCUCAGCAGCGGCAAGUUCUUCGACUGCCGCUGCGAGCGCUGCAGGGACCCCACGGAGCUGGGCACCCACCUGGGCUCGCUCAAGUGCAACAAGUGCGACCCAGGCCUCAUCCUCGCCUCCGACCCGCUGGGUGGUGCGCGAGGAGGCGGCGGCGCUGGACUGGUUGCCCCCGGGCGAGGAGGCGGUGGAGGCCCGCGAGAAGCUGUGGCGCAAGUACCGCUCCGUGCUGCACCCGCGGCACUCCGUCGUCACGGGCGCGAGGCUGGCGCUGUCGCAGCUGUACGGCCGCGCCGAGGGCUACCACCUGGACGAGCUGCCCGACAUCCUGCUGGAGCGCAAGGCGGACAUCUGCCGCGACCUGCUGGCCGUCGCCGACGUCGUCGAGCCGGGGCUCACCCGCCUGCGAGGCAUGACGCUGUACGAGCUGCACGCGCCGGUGAUGGUGUUCGCCAAGCACCGCCACGACUAUGGCGAGAUCAGCGCGGCCGAGUUCCGCGCCAAGCUGGAGGAGGCCGCGGCCAUCUUGCAGGAGGCGGUGCGCAUACUCCUUCUGGAGGACCCCCUGACCCCGGAGGGCGCAGUCGGGCGCGUAGCCGAGCAGUCGCUGCAGCAGCUGCGCGCUUCCAUCGCGUCGCUCGCCGCCUGAGCGGGCCCGCCGGCACCUCCGCCACUUUCUGCAGGCCUCAGGGGGGGUCACAGUGGCUUGGGAUCACACCCGGGUGUCUACCUCGUAGAACACAUCAUAGGGGUUCUUCAGUUUUCCCACACCAAGCAUUUAGUCAGCACUCCAUCUCGGGCCACCGGUGCCGCUGUGCCCCCGCCACUUGUAAAGGCCUCAGGGGGGUCAUGGUGGCUUGGGAUCACACCCGGGUGUCCACCUCGUAGAACACAUCAUAGGGGGUUCUUCAGUUUUCCCACACCAAGCAUUUAGUUAGCACUCCAUCUCGGGCCACCGGUGCCGCUGUGCCCCCGCCACUUGUAAAGGCCUCAGGGGGGUCAUGGUGGCUUGGGAUCACACCCGGGUGUCCACCUCGUAGAACACAUCAUAGGGGGUUCUUCAGUUUUCCCACACCAAGCAUUUAGUUAGCACUCCAUCUCGGGCCACCGGUGCCGCUGUGCCCCCGCCACUUGUAAAGGCCUCAGGGGAGUCAAGGUGGCUUGGGAUCACACCCGGGUGUCCACCUUGUAGAACACAUCAUAGGUGGUUCUUCAGUUUUCCCACACCAAGCACUUCGUCAACAAUCCAUCUCAGAUCAACGUUUCAUGUCACACUCCGGGGCGUACUUACGAAUUCUCCUCGAAAGACUCAUCAACAUGGUGAGUGAGAAAGUAAAUGUUAGGAGUGAUCAUCAGGGAGUGAGGGGUGCAUAGCGAGUCACGUGUAUAAAAGGAGUUAGCAGUCGAAAGUGGAGAUGUGGCAAAGGUAGAUCCAAAGGCAUCAGGUCCAUUUCCCGGUCCCGAGUUUUUGAAAAUUUCCUUUCGUGUAUUCGGAGAACUUGUUGGAUCUCCAUACGUCAGUAUCAACUUGCCACAGAGACUUCAAGCGCGCAGCAUUUCCCACCGCCUUAAGCAACAAUCGCCAAUAAUUAGAUUGAUAACCGCUUAAAAUUAAAAAUUUGUGCCCCGUUCAUUGAUGGCAAAAAAUUUUUAAUGUUUCAAGGGAUGUCGCAUUUUCAUACGAUCAAUGUACGAAAACAAGUCCGUUUGCUUAGAAGCACCUGGUGGAAGAACAUACGAGAAAAAAAGAAGUAAUUCAGCAAAACUGUCGCAAAAGCUUUCCAUUAACCGGCUGUGGGGGAGAAUGUGGGAUGAUGGUGUAUGUGUCUCGGCAAAAUGUCAGGUUACACGCGGUGGUAGGUUAAAACCAACUGAUACCUUGACAAUAUAAAUGACUUCGUUCAAAUUCUGAUGAUACUGACAAACGAGUUUUGACAUAUUAUAGAACUAUAUGCGUAGUGUGUGGAAAUCUGCAGAAUACGUAGUUUUAAAAAAAUCUAUAAAAUAGAUAAGUUACAUCAUAGCAAGCUACAUAUAACUUUUCUUUUUAAAUAUUUACAAUUUCUCUUUUAUGCAUGUUAUAGAUUAUUCUGUCAAAUUAAUUCUAAUCCCGUGGCAUUAUGACUAUUGUCAUGUUUUUUGUCUCGCUUCAACUGUUGUGCUGAAUUAUUUUGGGUUUCAAUAUUUUUGUGUUGUCAUCAUUUGUGGGGAUUUUUUCGUUCUCUUAGUACAUUUUUCUUUGUUUUUUCUUUGUUUGCUGACCAUAUUCCUGUUUCGGAAUAUUUUGUGGUGUUCAUAUCCUUGUUGACAACAGCAAUUGUUUGCUUAAUUUUGUGUGUUUUUUGUAUAUUUUUUUUAGUAUUUUUAUUUUUAUUUUUAUUUAUUUAUUUUAUUUAUUAGUUUUUCUUCAACAGAAAAAGUUCUUAGCAAUGGCGUAUGUCCAAAAACUUACAUCAAGUCAUUAUGACUCUACCGACACUGGUGAACUAGCUCAUUAACUCCAGCGAUAUUACUGUAAUUUUGCAAGCAAUCAUCACUGAUAGUCACUCGACAGGUGGAUUGUAAUCACAUGUGUGCUAUUUUUUGGAAUAUGGCCUUUACACAAGAACAAGAAUCAACGAACACAUUAAGGUUUUAUUACCUAUAGUAAAGGCUUACAAUUGUGAAUUUUUAUUUUAUUUUUCAACUUCCGCAUUCAGUAUCCUCAGCCCAAGUUUCGUGUUGAGCAAACAAAAUAAGCAAACAAAUCAAAAACACUCUGCAACGGUUGCACCCGUUUGCUAAAAUUAAUAUGUAUUUUAGUUGUUUUUUUUUUUUCAGUUUCAUUCGAAAGAAGUUCUAGUAACGUUUAAAUUAUUUUUUUAAAAAUUGAAAGCCUCAUAUCUAGUCAUGUUUCUGAACUUCCACUAACCGUGGCAAAAAAAAAACUUUCCAUAAUUAGAAAAAAACCACUUUUAUAAAAACAAAUAUAUACAUGCCUCUGCAGUACCAUUAUCUGUAACUGGCCCAAUCGUCUUAUUGACCAAAUUUUGUUUACACAAAACUAUGUUUUAACACAAUCAGUAAAAAAUAUGUAUGGUAAUUUUUUAAAAUACAAAUAUAGCUACUAGUUCUAUGUUUAAUAACAAAAAAAUGCACCAUAUCGUACAUUUAAGAUAUCUUAAUACUCAAUAGUACAUUAUAUCAUCGUAUUAUUGUUUGACUGAAAAAGUUCCUUAAUAGAUUUAGGUGGCUUUAGUCCUCGCAUUAAAAUACCAAGUUGAUAUUAUAAAAUAAGUUAUGUAUUUGAUUUGUAAAUAUUGUCUGUUUCUUUUUACUCAUAGUUUGUGUUUAGUUUGAUCUUUCUCCACGGUAUGUAACAAGAAAUUAAUUUAUUGGAAUUGUGACAUUAAA